UGAGAAUUUAUUCCAUCUCUAAAGUACAGUGCUCUUCUUCUUUAAACUGUGUUUUUCGUGCAUUAAAUAUUUUAUUCUAUAUAUUUCCGCCACAUCCUCAUCUGCAACUAAGAUUCCACCACGUAAACGCGGCAGACCGAAAACUAAGGUUGAGGAUCAGACGCCCAAGCCGAAGCUCCUGGAAAAACUACAGGCGGCGACCCUGAAUGAGGAGGCAAGCGAGCCUGCGGUGUACGCCUCCACAACGAAGGGCGGUGUCAAGCUUAUAUUCAAUGGCCACCUGUUCAAGUUUUCGUUCCGCAAGGCGGACUAUUCCGUAUUUCAGUGCUGCUACCGUGAGCACGGAGAGGAGUGCAAGGUGCGAGUGGUAUGCGACCAAAAAAGGGUCUUUCCUUACGAGGGCGAACACGUGCACUUUAUGCAGGCCAGCGACAAAAGCUGCCUGCCCUCUCAGUUCAUGCCGGGCGAAUCGGGAGUCAUAUCCUCGCUGUCGCCGAGCAAGGACACCAAGGUGGAGCUGCUGAUCAAAAACACCACCAAGCUCGAGGAUGCCGACGACAAAGAGGAUGAAGAUUUCGAGGAGUUCGAGAUUCAGGAGAUCGACGAGAUCGAAUUGGACGAACCGGAGAAGACUCCCGCCAAGGAGGACGAAGUGGACCCCAAUGAUUUCCGUGAAAAAAUCAAGCGACGACUUCAAAAGGCACUGCAGAAUAAGAAGAAGUGACACAGAAUAUGCCUUAGAACUUCAAAUUAUACUUUUUACUAUAUUAACUUUACUAUGAUCAAGAAGGCUCAAAACGGCCCAACAGUACAACAUCUGACCUGCCUAAGAGCUUGACAUUAUACUUUCUUUAUUCAUUUGGGUUUUAAAUACCCCUAAUAAUUCUAAAUAAUUAAGUUUUUCGUAAUAAAACGAUGUCAAUAAAUCAGACCUUAAACCAUUUCA